GUCAGCCAUCGGCUGGCACGUCAGCACGGUCCGGCGUCGCACGCUUGUGCAUGAGCUCUCAUCGAUGUCCACAAGGUUUGGUUACCGGAUUACUUUCUCGUCUGUACAAGCGAGCAAAACGGACCCCGCCGCGUCGCUGGUGGCAGCGAGCAAAUCCGACUCUCAAUCCGGCAAAGUGUCCGACGAAUCUAUCGACUGGACGCGACAAGGCGUGCCUGUCUACCUGCAAAGCAGUGUGGACAUCGACGUUUGCGACGAUGAGUCGCAGGCGCUGACCAUGGGCAUGGCCGGCGACUUACUUUGGAAUGCCAUCCGCACCGAGGCCAAGGCCGAUGCCGCCAGCGAGCCCCUCCUGAGCUCCUUCCUGUACGCCUCCAUCCUGGCACAUGACUCAUUCGAACUGGCCCUGGGGUUCGUACUCGCCAACAGACUGGCCAACAGCACCAUGCUGCCCACACAGCUGUUCGAGAUCUUCCACGGCGUCCUCCGUACGGACCCCGAGGUCCGCUGCGCUGCGCUCUCCGACAUCGCUGCAUGCCGGGAGCGGGAUCCGGCCUGUACGUCGUACAGUCACGCGCUGCUGUACUACAAAGGCUAUCACGCCAUCCAAACGCAGCGAAUCGCACAUGCGCUGUGGCAGCGCAAUCAGAAAGUUAUGGCGCUGGCGCUACAGAGCCGCAUGUCCGAGGUAUUCGCGGUGGAUAUCCACCCCGCCGCCCGUAUCGGCAAGGGCGUGUUGUUGGACCACGGGACCGGUGUGGUGAUCGGGGAGACGGCGGUCAUCGGGAACAACGUGUCGAUACUGCAGAAUGUAACCCUGGGGGGCACGGGCAAGGAAAUUGGCGACCGGCAUCCCAAGGUCGGCGACAAUGUGCUCAUCGGCGCAUGUGCGACCAUCUUGGGCAACAUACACAUCGGCAAGGGGGCCCAGAUCGCGGCGGGCAGCCUGGUGCUGAAGCCAGUGCCGCCGCACUUCCUGGUGGCGGGCUCCCCGGCGAAGGAGAUCGGACCCGUGCGGGGUAACCCGGCGCUGUCCAUGCGCCACUGGAGCAGGCGGAUCAUGGAACCGCCGGAGGCGACGGCUGCAGCAGCAACAGCAGCAGCUGCAGCAGGAGGAGGAGGAGGACGAGCAGGUGGAGCAUCAGUAGCGGCGGCGGAGGCUUCGUCGGCACAGGAGAAUGUGGAGGUGAGUGGCCGGCUGGAGGCGGAAGCGAGCUUGGCGCCGUUGGAGGCGGAGGCGGCGGAGGCUUCGGCGGCUGCGGCGGAGGCUUCGGCGGCGGAAGCGGUGCAGAAUAUGAAUGUGAGUGGCGGCGGUCUGGCGGGGCCUGAGGUGAGCUCGGUGGCGUUGGAGCACAGCAGUGACGGCGGUGGUGGUGGCGGUGGUGAUGUGUCCGCAGCGGUGGCGGCAGAGGGUGGGAAAGCCCAGGGUCCAGAGGGCCGUAAGAGGCCAGCUCCCGAGUACGAGAUCUGAUUGUGCAGCUGCUGUGGUGGUGGUGGUGGUGGCGGUGGUGGUAGCGGCGGCGGGAGUAGAAUGGCCAUUGGCAACGCGGCUCUUGCACAUGACCGAAAUGCGUAUGUGUAUGUAUGUAUGUGUGUGUGUUAGGGCCUUUGAGAUUUAGGGACACGUAUAUACAUUCAUACAUACAUACAUAGAUGUGCACACGCACUUUUUGGAGUGGGCGAGGCAACUAUAUCUUGCGGGUGGACGUGUGUGUGAACGGCUCGGUACACGUUAACAGUGCACUUACGGGGCAUUACGGGGCGUUAUUGUAACGGACAUUGCCAUGUUCUUGUGCACUGGACUGUGUCUGGAAGUGUGUGUGUGCGUAUGUAUGCGUGCACAUGUCUGUCUGUAUGUGUGUACAUCAUGAGUGUUUCAUGCACACGGACAUUGCACCCCACCAACGCGUGACGUAAUUUGUCUUGUUGCGCCGUGUCAUGCGGUGCCACGUGCCGUCUGAAGUAGGAAAGCGGUUUUCGACAGACACACACACACACACACACACACACACACACACACACACGCGCGCGCAUGCACACACAUGCACACACAUGCACAUGUAUAUACACAUACGCACACACACACACAUCAGCAUCACCAUCAUUCCAAGUGGCUGACGGACAGUGGCGCCCAGGGAGUGGCGUCGUGAAUAGGAGCCUGGGGGGG